AUGACGACUGAGGACUUAUCGGUGUGGAAUAGUUUUAUACAAUCUCUUGAUGUUGAUCCGGACAAAGCAAAGAAUAUUGAACAGCUACCGGAGGAUCAAAAAAGGCAACUUAUUGAGUCUUAUGCGGUCAAAACCUCAAAGCACUCCGCUUAUCAUUAUGUAACACUGAUCAAGGGUCUACGAAGUUGUCGUGGUACUCUUACCAAAUCCAGGAAAAAUACUCUCCAGGCAGCACGCGAGGUCUUGAACUCCACAGAGAUUUCCCUUCGCACUAACAACGUCUCGUGGGUCUAUGAAUUUCUUGACAAGGGAGGACUUCAAGCUCUACAGGAGUACAUGUCCAAGACCGUCCGAUAUAUGCUCAGCAAUGCUGUUCUACCGCCGUGUAUCUGCAGACGUCGAAACUGCACGCACAGCACCUUUGGAUUGGAUGAGGAAAGAAGCAUAGUGGACUGUCAAAUCGCGGACUGCGAUGAAGGGGCUGCGUCGUCGUGGCUAUUUUGCCAUCGACCAGGGCACAGGAAACAUAGUAGUGGUGAUAGAAGUGGUAGUCUAGACAAUCGUCAUCGUUCGACAGGAAAGGAUUCCUCCUCCGCAUCAUCAGCUUCCGUUUAUGAAAGCGUUCAUCUUGGCGUAAAGUGCUACCGUGCGUUGCUCAACAAUCAACGAGGGUGUACAAUGAUCUUCGAACAGCCGGAGAGCAUCAACACAAUCGCGCUGUGUCUGCUCCAUCCCAGUUUCCAAACCAAAACUCUGGUUUUGGAGCUCCUUGCUGCAGUGUGCCUGAUAGUUGGGGGGCAUGACCGAGUGAUCGCUGCCUUUGAUGAGGUAUGCCGCGAGCUGGGCGAGAGUCGACGAUUUGAGACACUGGUCUACUUCUUCCGCAAUCACGAACGCCUUCCUCCCGACGAUUACAGCAUUGACUUCAUGGUGUCUUGUAUGCAAUUCAUCAAUAUCGUUGUCCAUUCCACUGAGGACAUCGCUUUUCGUGUCUUCCUUCAGCAGGAGUUCACCAAUCAUCACCUAGACGAAUAUCUUCAGCGGAUCUAUGGCAAGGUGGGAGACCGGUUGGGUCGCCAGUUGGAAGCCUAUCUGGACAACCACGUGGAUGUGGCGAUGUUGUUGGAAGACUCUCAAGCAAAGGAGGCGUUGCAGACGGAGGUGGAGAUGCUGGAUGCCGAUCUUCUCGCUGUGCAAGGCCAACUGGCUACCACCCAGGCAGAAUACGCUGCUCGUACCCAGGCCUUCGAAGAGAAGAUUAGCUCUCUUCAGUCCCAGCUAACGACGCAGGAGACUCUCCUAUCCAACAACCAAGAUGAGGUGAAGACACUGCGCUCAAGACUGGCUGAUCAAAACUCUACCGCCUCGUCGAUGGAGAAGAAGUUGCAGCAGCAAAUAGUUGAACUACAGGAUAUGUUGAGAGCAGAACGUGAGCGUGCGAAAAACGCCCCCAUCGCCUUAUCUCCCCCACCAACUGCUGCUGCGCCACCGCCUCCACCACCUCCUCCCCCACCACCCCCUCCGCCAGGGGGAAUACCACCGCCUCCGCCGCCCCCGCCUCCCUUUGGCGCGCCACCUCUACUUGGAACGGUCCCUCCUGGUUCUCAAGCUGUGCCAAUCCGCCAACCGUAUCAAACACGUUACAAGUUGCCAGUGCUAAACUGGAGCGUGUUACGCAACCAACAGCUGCGUAACACUAUCUUCGUGGGCAUGAACGAUGAGAAGGUGAUUGAGUCACUGGAUAUGGAGCGUUUUGAGGAACUUUUUCGACUCUCUCCCAAAUCUAUCGGCUCUAAGUGUGCUGGUACUGUCGGCGAGGGCAAGGCGGGUCUGGGAGAGGACACCACGACGGUGGAUGGCGACACCCGCACCUUAACGGUUUCCAAGAAGGUAGCCAAGAAGCGUCUCAUGGACUCCAAUCGACAGAGGUGUAUGGGCAUCCUACUGCGCUAUCUAGAGUCCGAGAAGUUCACACUGACCCGGCUGUGGGAGAGUAUCACGAAUCUGGACGUGAGUCUGGAUGUUGCAGAUCGCAUUCUGCACCAGCUACCCACUCCCGAUGAGGUACGGAUGUACCUCAACUACGAGUUCACCGAGUGCCUCCCUGUAGACCAGCUCGCUGACGAGGACCGUCUCCUCCUCCAUCUCUGCAAAGUAAAUCGUCUGGGCCCCAAACUCGAGGUUGUAGUCUUUAUGAAUACCUUCGAUUCCACUCUUGCUUCUCUCCUCCCGAAAAUCUCGGCAGUCAACACAGCUUCGUUCAACCUCAAGAAGAGUGAGAAGUUCAAGCGCCUUCUGGAGUUGGUGCUAGCAUUUGGAAACUACAUGAACAGCUGCCGACGUGGCGUUGCUUACGGAUUCCGUCUACAGAGUCUGGAACUUCUACUAGACACGAAGACACCGGACAAGCAAACAACUUUGCUCCAUUUUAUCGUCGAAACCAUCGAGGAUAAGUUCCCAGACCUCGCUGAUUUCUAUGAUGAGUUGGACGGAAUCACGGCUGCUGCUAGGGUCUUUGGCCUUGAAACUUCUGCCUUAUUUGUUCCUGUGACCUUUUACUCUGAUGAGGUCGGACUAUUUGUAGGGGCUGUAGCCGUCAUCAUUAUGUUGAACAAGUGGUUACUCAUUAGUCAUUGUUUGCCAAUGGAGGCGCUAACCUCGGACGUAGCCGCAGUAGCGGCGGGCAUGGCUGAGGCAGACAAAGAGCUGAUUGCGGCAGGUCCGAGCGCACCACAACGCCUUGUCACAUUUGUGCGCGAUCAGCAACCCCGAGUGGCCGAGUUUCAGCGCAAGGCUGAGACGGCGCGAGCCAUAUUUGCACAGACUACUGAAUGGUUUGGAGAAGCUCAGAAUAAACCCAGUCCUGAGACUUUUUUCACCUGCAUUGUCAAGUUUGUUCAGCAGUUCAAGAUCAACUUAAGCACGCAUAAUCUUGCAACACUGCAGAAAGUUCAAGCGGAGUUGGAGAAACGCCGUAGGCUGGAAGAAGCACAGACGCUGCGGAAGCAGUCUGAGGCAUCGCUCUGCAAUGGAAACGCCUCAUCGCAGAACGCAUCCUCUGCGGCUCCCGGUGGGGCAUCCUCUCGACAACGUAGGCCCAAGGAUAACGAGGAUCCUGUGGAUGUACAGCGGAUGCUGGCACAGGAAGCACGGCUGGCAAAGCGACGAAUUCAAAACAGAACGCGACAAAUCAACGGUGACGGCAUGAUGGACGAAAUAUUAGCAGGUGGGAUGCCCAAUUCUUCACUUUGA